AUGAAUAAGCAACUCCUUGAAAAAUUUUCAUACUCAGACCUCGAAGAAAACUAUAAAAGGCUAAAAAUCGCAGUUGACGAGCUCAAAUACUGUUUUGAUUCAUAUAGAGAAGAGAACCGCGAACUCUAUUCCACAAAUGAUAUGUUGAUUUCUACUAUUGAAGCUAUAAUUACAAGUAGAAGAGAAACGAGAAAAGUUAAAACUCCUCAACCCUCUCCUACACAUAGCGUUACCAGCACCGAAUUCAGUGACUACUCUUUCAGUGAAAUUAAUAGCCAAUGCGAUUCUUUAUCCGAUCUUAAUACUGAUACAGCCAAAAUUACAUUAAUGAGCCCAAGAAAAUCAGGCCGAAUUAUAAGAAAAUCCCACAGAAUUAUCCUCAAAAAGCCUGCAGAAAGAAGUGAAACCCAAAUUAAAAGGCCCAAAAAUAAGCGAUCAAUAACGCUUUCAAACAUCCCUGAAAUAAGCUAG